ACCAAUAUCUGUCCCCAAACACGGAAAUAACUAGAGUGGACAUAAAAAGUCUGUGUGACGUCUGCAAAUGUAUUGUCACAAUUUUUAAGUUGUUUUGUGUAUUGGCCUGUAUAAAAGGAACAAAUUGAAUGUAUAUUUGAGGGUGCAAUUGCUUGAUUAUGCCACUCAUUUAUGUGAGCGCUAGUAGGGCUGCGCGAUGCUUCCGCUUCUCAGACAGAGAACAGCUUGCUGAACGAUCACAAUUAACAUCUCCUGUGUCUGAUUUUCCUUCCAAAACAGCUGUCGUGACUCUACUCAAAGAUGACCCUGAAGAGCUUAAUGCACCAGCCCAGAAUAACCGCACGCAUGGGCGGUCUUUUUUUACAGACAAUCCGAACCCAGCUGAAGGCUGCAACAAACCCACCUUUAAAACCAUCGCCUUCACCACUCUGGAGCUGUUUAAGUUCACUAUAGGCAUGGGCGACCUGGAGUUCACGGAGAAAUACGAGUAUAAACACGUAUUUUAUGUGCUACUUAUAACCUACAUUGUGCUCACGUACAUUCUGCUGCACCCUCAUUGGCACCAUUCAUGAAAUGAAAUAAGAAGUUUGAAUUAUUUUAUGAAAAUGGAUUAUAUGACAUUUUAAGCUGCUUGUUGGAUUUUUUUUUAUAUCCACUGUGGGGAUCAACAACCAUAUAUCUCUUUGUGCAUCCUCAUAUUUAUAUCUGAAGAAACCUGGAGCCUGAGAGCAAUUUGAUAACAGAUUUUUUUCAAGAAUGAUAAAUUGUUUGCCUUAAAAAAUCUCUUAUGAUUGCGUGUAAUGUUUACUUUAUAAAAAUCUAUUGUAUGAACUGUGCCAAGCUUGACAGACAUUACCUCAGGUAGAAUGGGUAGGGGUGAAUCGUUUAUCGGCUCUGUAGUUAACUAAAAUAUGUGAAUGUGGUCCCAUUAUUAGACAAAUUUGCAACUUAUAACAGGGUAUUUGUUUAACUUGUCAGUUCUUGGUAAUGAUGUCACAUAUAGAAUUUAAAGAACUGGAUCUCAUGGGAAAAAUUUAUAUGUAUUAAAUGAAACAAAAGUGAUGUGGUCGGAUUUUGUUCAAUAUCAUACCAGUAAGGUUGAAUGAAAUACCAAUAUUUAAUGUUAAUAUAUAUCCUUAAAUCCUAAAACUCUGAAAACAGUAACCAAUUUCAAACAAAUGGAGACGUGUAAAUUCGUAUACAUUUACCUACAAAACCAUAUUAAAAUAAAUCCUGACUUCUAAUUUAAUCUAAAAUGGUACUUUUUAACUCAAGGAUGGUUUUGAUUAGCAACUUCCACUUUUCAUUCAAUUACAUUUCAGUUCACCUUCAUUUGUACAGCACUUCUAACAAUACACAUGAUCAUAAAGCCACUUUUACAGAAAUCCAGAUAUUGAUUUUAGACCCCAGAGGCGACGGUGGCAAGGAAAUAUUUUU